AUGGAGAGUUCUGGAAUCAUCGGCAAAGACCUGAGGUAUACAAGCAGUGCAUAUGGAACCCCCUUCUAUGCCAGCCUCCCGCUGGGCGCUCAGCCAUGGGUCUUACCUUUGGAACAAAGCAUGACAAGGUCAGAUAUUGAUCAACAGAUCGAUAAGCACCGUCACUGGCUAGAAACAACUUCACUUGAUCACGCACAAAGAGUAUCUCAUCUCCAUAAUCUGGGUAUGAUGCAAGUGGAGAAAUUCCAUCUCAUCAAUUCCUUUGAUGCCAUUGAUUUAGCAAUCGAGUCUCUCCAGGAAGCUAUCAACAUAGCUUCAUCAGAAAGUCCAGCACGCCCACUACAAUAUUUGUGUCUAGCUGUGGCAUACCAUUUCAGAUGUGAAAGACAUAUGAACACGGCCGAUAUUGAUAGUACCAUUAGACUUUGUCACGAAGCUGCCUUCCUGAUGGGAACAAGUCACCAUUUGCGUGGCAUAAAGAUGAAAAUCCUGGGAGAUGCAUAUCGCAUGAGAUUGAAUUGUUCUGGGGAGGUGGCUGACAUCAAUGAAAGCAUCCGCAUUUACAAGGAGGCACUGGAUCUCGACUUGCCUAGCAACAUCAUCCGGGUCGAUUUGACUCACGCUCUUGGUCUUGGGUACCAGGCGAGGUAUCAAGUUACAGCAACAAUGUGGGACAUGGAUACAUCUCUGCAACUCCUCAAAGAAACUUGCGAUGCGACCGCAGGACCAUACCAAAUGGAAACCGCCAGGCGAAGGGACCUCGCAUUAGGCCAUCAGAUCAAGUAUUUGAGAAACAAAGACCCUUUGGACAUUGAUACGGCCAUCACAUUAUUUCAAGAAUGUGUAGAUCACACACCUACUGGGGACCCUAUACUCGCUACAUGUUACGCAAAUCUCGGAACAGCCUAUAAAGCCAAGCACCGAAAGGCCGGGUCGUUCGACGACCUAGAAAGAUCCAUUAAAAUGCUCCAGCAUGCGGUUGACAUCUCCGGAAUACUUGCAGACCUCAAAACAGCGUAUAAUGACAAGUUUUACAAAACAAAGGUACUUUCCGAUAUUGAUACUGCAAUUGAGAUUUGGCAACAAGCCAUUGACUCAUCCGAUACCAAGAAACAACAAGCAACACAUCUUCAAUGGAAGUCUCGAGCAGCAUUAGAAAGAUUCAACAAGACAAAGUCAGUCACCGACAUCAACCAAAGUAUAUCAUUCAUGCAACAGAGCCUGAAGAACACACUCCUAACAGAUAUACCGCUUGCAUGUCGCCUGUACGAACUUGGAAACCGUUACAGGGUGAAGUACAAAAUCACCCGAGAUGAGGCAGACCUCAUAGCCGGUACCGCUCACCUUUGGACAGUGAUACAGAAUCCAUCAAUGGAUGUCUACACUAGAAUACUGGCCGGCGAGGAUGCGAUGAGCUUUUUUGCCUUGGCCGAUGACUGGAAGCAAGGAUACGAGGUGGCCGAUUCGCUCAUGAAACUGAUUCCCUCUCUUGUACCCCGUUUUCUCGAAGCAUUUGACGUACAGUACGUGCUCCGAGACAUCGAAGGUAUGGCAUGUGAGGCAGCUUCAAUGGCCCUCAAUGCUGGGAAGGAACCAUUGACUGCUCUACAGGCUUUGGAAACAGGGAGGGAUGUUAUGGCAACAUCUAUUGACGAUCUACGGGGUGAGGUUGACAUUUUGAAGAGGAAACAUCCUGACUUGGCAAACGAAUUCCUCAGCCUACGAACAGCGUUAGACUUACCAGCGACAAAAGACAACGACCCUGAUCAACGAUAUGAGCAAGGAAAUGCAUUCGAAAUUCUCGUCGAUAAAAUCCGACAGCAACCAGGGUUUGAAGGGUUUCUAGGCCCACCAAGCGAAGAUGCGUUGAAACUAGCAGCGAGCGAGCACCCAAUUGUUGUCAUAAACGUCAGUGAAUAUAGUUCUGAUGCUAUAAUAGUAUUGAAAGACCGAAUGCUCUCCUUGGCUGUUCCGGACUUGAGCUAUGUCAAGAUCAAAGCACAAUCACGACACCGGGAUACCAUCAGCAGCCCUGCUGUUCUCUCUUGGUUGUGGGAUGUUGCAAUGAAACCGAUUCUAGACUUCCUUCGGUUCACCAAGAUCCCUGUCUCAGACGAAGAAUGGCCAAGAGUAUGUUGGAUACCAACUGGUCCCCUUAGUGGGUUCCCUCUCCACGCUGCUGGUUACCAUGCAAAUGGAUCAUCGGAAGCCGUUAUUGAGAGAGUUAUGUCACCCUACAGUUCAUCUGUCAAGGCGAUUAUCAAUGGUCGUCAAGAUACAAAAACAACGCGAGAAGUGACAGGAGACAUAUCGUUGCUUGUCGCGAUGGAAACUACUCCUGGGGCCACGACACUGCCCUUCGCAACUCGCGAAGUCAACAUGUUGCACCGGCUUCACAAAUCCAUGCUACUCGAUCCUAUCAUUUGCAAAAAUAAAGUCGAUAUUUUAUCGCAACUUCCAAAUUGCAAGGUUUUUCAUUCGCUGGUCACGGUUUCACAGACAGCCAGGAUCCUUCCAAAAGCCAUCUACUUCUCGAAGAUGAUGGCAAAGUUGACACUCUGGAAGUCGGAAAGCUGCUAA